ACACCUAAUGACAUAGCGGAUGAUGUAUUGAAGGACCUUGGCAUGAAUGUGUCUUACAUGGUCGCUUGGCCGGGCUAAAGAGAGGGCUAUGAAGGACUUAAUGGGUGAGCCAUCAGAAUCAUACAAUAAGUUACCCAGAUAUCUAUAUAUCAUGGAUAAAACAUAUCCUGCGUCGCAUAUACGAAUGCGCAAAUCCCAUGACAACGAGUUCCUGUAUGUUUUUAUAGCAUUAUAUGCAUUUAUCAAGGGCUUUGUGUGUUGUAGACCCAUUAUGGUAGUAGACGGGAGCCACCUUAAAACAGCAUACAACAGAACAUUCGUUUCAGCAAGCACACUAGACGGUGCAGGCAAUAUACUUCCCUUAGCAUAUGGUGUGAUAGAUUCUGAGAAUGACAAGUCUUGGACGUGGUUCUUUGAGCGGUUCAGAGAAGCCUAUGGAGUUAGAGAGAAUAUGUGUAUCGUAUCCGAUAGGCAUGAAAGCAUAAACAAAGCUGUAUGUCUAACUUAUCCAAAUGUUCCGCAUUACGCGUGCAUAUGGCAUUUGUGGGGUAACGUAUGUAAGAAUUACAAGAAGAGUAAAGAUGUUUUGAGUCCAGUGUUUUAUGCAAUGGCAAAGGAAUACACACAGGAUGAAUUUGAUGAGUUGAUGGUGAAGGUUGUUAAGGCAGAUAUUCGGGUGGUAGAGUAUUUGGAUUUAGCUGGAAGAGAAAAGUGGGCUAGAGUGUAUGCAUCUGUUAACCGAGGGUGGACCAUGACUUCGAACAUAGCAGAGUGUAUCAAUCGUCACCUUGUAGCGGCAAGAGAACUGCCUAUAUUUGAUUUUCUUGAAGAAGUUAGGAAGAUGUUUGGGAGAUGAAAUUACACUAACCGGAGGAACGGUACAUACACGUUCACAACACUCUCUAAGAAGUUCCAGGAGAUGCUAUCAAUAAAUGAGUAUCUAUGUUUACGUAUGACGGUGGAACCAUCAACCGAAUAUGUGUACACAGUCCAUGAUGGAGGAAGGCGUUUCGUUGUUUGCUUGAAAAACAAAACUUGCGCUUGUCGUAUGUUUCAAAUAGAUGAAAUUCCUUGCCCACAUGCUUGGGCUGUAUUAAAAAAGA